AUGUUCAAGUCUGCAAACGUGGCCUUUUCACUGGAUAAUUUUUUUUAUGAAAGACCAGAUAAAAACCAAAGGUAUCUAGAAAAUGAAGAGCCUAAGGUUUGGUAUAUUGCACCUGCUCCAUCUAUUUCUGAAAUUCCAGCUGCAGAGGAGUUGCAGAGGGAACUGGAAAAAAAUGCAGCCAACACUCCUAUUGUUUUUGCAGGAGGGAGAAAACAUGAGAAGUUUAUACAAUGUAAAAGUACCUCUGAGGAAGGACAUGAUAAAUUACCAGCACCAGUUCAGUUUGGAACAGGGGUUUCUCGUCCACCUGGUGAAAAUUUUUCACAAAACAAAAGAGAAAGUAAUUUUCUGGAAAACAGCGAUGAUGAUGACGAGAGUGCCCAUUCAACAUUAAGAAAAAACUUAUUUAAAAUGCCUGGUUAUAUGCACACAAAUACAGAAUUGAAAGAUAGUUUUAUUGAUAUGAAAGGAAUUGAUACUUACUUAAAUACAACUGAAAACAUAAAAGAAGUAAAAAAAGAAUGUUUAUGGAGAAAUAAUCAUCAUGCCUCAAUAACUGAAGACUCAGAUUUUACUCUGCAUAGGGUAAAUCAUGGGAACAUUGCAUCUAAAAGUGAAAUGGAUAUAAAACCAUUUCCUAAUGCUUCAGAGAUUCUGGAUAUGACAGGAAUUACAGGAAGAAAAUUGGAAAUUUUGAGGGCUGUUACAGAAAUACCAACCCAAUUUAGGAGUAUUUUUAAGGAGUUCCCAUAUUUCAACUAUGCACAAUCUAAAGCUUUGGAUGAUCUUCUGUAUACAGAUAGGAAUUUUGUGAUUUGUGCUCCGACUGGCUCUGGAAAAACUGUAAUGUUUGAGCUAGCUAUUACCAGAUUACUCAUGGAAGCCCCACUGCCUUGGCUAAAUAUUAAGGUUGUUUACAUGGCUCCAAUAAAAGCUCUGUGCAGUCAGCGUUUUGAUGAUUGGAAAGAAAAAUUUGGACCUAUAGGGCUCAGCUGCAAGGAACUGACAGGAGAUACAAUGGUGGAUGACUUAUUUGAAAUACAUCACGCUGACAUUAUUAUCACUACACCUGAAAAAUGGGAUAGCAUGACUAGAAGGUGGAGAGACAACUCUAUAGUGCAGCUUGUACGACUGUUUCUCAUUGAUGAGGUGCAUGUUAUAAAGGAUGAAAGCCGUGGUGCAACGUUAGAAGUUGUAGUCAGUCGGAUGAAGACUGUUCAGUCUUCUCUUUGGCAUCUUUUUGAGAAUCAUGACACUGUUCCUCCCUUGAGAUUUGUAGCUGUUUCUGCAACAAUCCCAAACACUGAAGAUAUUGCAGAAUGGCUUUCAGAUAGUAAGAUGCCAGCUGCAUGCUUGAAAAUAGAUGAGGAUCAACGACCAGUCAAGCUACGCAAAAUUGUUCUUGGUUUUCCAUGCAGUGACAGUCAGACAGAGUUCAAAUUUGACUUAACUCUUAACUACAAGAUAGCUAGUAUUAUACAAACAUACUCGGAACAAAAGCCAGCACUUGUGUUUUGUGCCACAAGAAAAGGAGUGCAACAGGCCGCUUCUGUUCUUGCAAAAGAUGCUAAAUUUCUACUGAGUGUAGAACAGAAACAAAGAUUACAGAGGUCUGCAAAUUCACUGAAAGAUUCCAAACUGAAAGAUCUUUUAAUGUAUGGUGUGGCUUAUCAUCAUGCGGGUAUGGAGUUAUCUGACAGAAAAAUAAUUGAAGGAGCCUUUACUGCAGGAGACUUACCAGUACUUUUUACUACUAGCACCUUAGCAAUGGGAGUCAAUCUACCUGCACAUCUGGUGGUUAUAAAAUCCACAAUGCACUAUGUUGGAGGAGUGUUCCAAGAGUACAGUGAAACUGACAUUCUGCAAAUGAUUGGAAGAGCAGGAAGGCCUCAAUUUGACACGACAGCUACAGCAGUUAUUAUGACUCGUUGUAGCACAAGGGGAAAGUAUGUGCAGAUGUUAAAUGGUGCUGAUAUAAUAGAGAGCAGCUUGCACAGGCAUCUUGUUGAGCACUUGAAUGCAGAAAUAGUGCUGCGUACUGUCACAGAUGUCACUGUAGCUUUGCAGUGGAUACGAUCAACAUUCUUGUACAUUAGAGCCUUAAAAAAUCCAACUCAUUAUGGUUUUUCAUCUGGAUUGGAUAAAAUUGGUAUUGAAGCAAAAUUACAAGAACUAUGUUUGAAGAACUUAAAUGAUUUAUCAUCUUUUGAUUUGAUCAGGAUGGAUGAAGAAAAUAAAUUCAAACCAACAGAGACUGGAAGAUUAAUGGCGUGGUAUUAUAUUGCAUUUGAUACAGUGAAACAGUUUUUCACAAUUAAGGGAACAGAGACUUUAAAUGAAUUGAUUACAAUGAUCUCCAACUGCACAGAAUUUCUGGAUGUCAAGUUGAGAACUAAUGAAAAGAAAAUACUGAACACAUUGAAUAAAGACAAGGACAAAAUAACUAUCAGGUUUCCAAUGGAGGGGAAGAUAAAAACAAGAGAAAUGAAAAUAAACUGUCUUAUUCAGGCUCAGCUUGGAUGCAUUCCUAUUCAAGACUUUACUUUGACACAAGAUACUGGCAGAAUAUUUAGAAAUGGCUUAAGAGUCACUAGAUGGUUAACUGACUUUCUGGCAUCAUGUAAGGACAACUUUUCUGCUUUAUUAAACUCUUUGAUUUUAGCAAAGUGUUUCAGAUGCAGACUUUGGGAAAAUUCACUUCAUGUGUCUAAACAACUGGAAAAAAUUGGUGUAUCACUUGCAAAUGCUAUGGUGAAUGCUGGGCUGACAUCAUUUAAAAAAAUAGAAGAAACAAAUGCAAGGGAACUUGAAUUGAUUUUAAACAGACAUCCUCCUUUUGGAAACCAGAUAAAAGAAUCUGUUUUGCACCUUCCAAAAUAUGAACUUGAUAUUGAACAGCUUCCAAAAUACAGUGAUACACUGGCUGAAAUCUUAGUAACCAUCAGAUUAACAAACUAUGAGCAGCUACAAACAAAGAGAACAGCAACAGACUUCCACUAUGUUACACUGGUUAUAGGAGAUGCUGACAACCAAGUCAUUUUUAAUCAGAAAAUUAUGGAUUCUGUGCUGCUGAAAACUGGCAAUUGGACAAAGAAAAUUGAAGUGAAAAGAGCUCUUAAAUCAGAGGAAAUUAGUAUAAAUUUAAUUAGUUCUGAUUAUGUUGGCCUUGAUAUACAGCAAGCAUAUACAGCCUUUUACUUAACACCAAAACCAGUGGGAAGUAAGGUGGUUACAAAUCAAAACCUGCAGGCCAAGUCUUCACUUGAUACGUGUUAUGGCUCACCACAGAGUCUGUCAGCAGCAAAAGUAGAUACAGGAGACAAAUCUAAACAAGAGAUUACUUACAAGAAAUAUGGAAACAGAGAAUGCAACCACCGCUGUAAAAACAAAGAUGUGUGUGGACAUGACUGCUGUAAAAUUGGUGUACCUGCAAAGUCUGAGAUGAAUGGAGAUGCAAAGUUUUCUUUGUACCUAGCUGAUUUAAGGAGCAGGAACUCAAUUUCAUGUGUACCCCCAGUAAAACGGUUAAAGAUGCAGAUGUUAAAUCAAACUCAAACUGUGGAUCUCAAGCAAUUUGUUUUUACACCUAAAUCUUCAUUGCCAGCAUUGCUGAGGUCUAGCAAUGGACAGUCAUCUUCAUUACCUUCAGUGACCCAGGCAGAUCAUACUAAUAGCUUAGGGGGAUCUCAGAAACAACUGCAAUCCUGGAACUAUGGGAAAAGUAGUAACAGAUCUUGUUUUUCAGAUGAUUUCAAUGUGGACUUUGAGCUGCAGGAUGAUAUUUGGGGUGAUAUUGAUGAUGAGAAAUUAGUACAUGCUAGCAAUUUUGACAGUAGAGAUUUGGAACAUGGAAAUAUCUGCCUUUAAAUUCCAGAUGAGUGUGAACCAAUUGGACAGUAUAUAAGAAGGAAAGCCACAAAUGACAUUUCAAAACAUUCAUGCACACUACAAGAUGAGACCAGUGUUCAGAACUCCACUGUUUCUGUAGUUAAUAGCCCAUCAAAAGUGAAUUUAUCUGCACAGCAUGGAAAUAUCAAUAUGUUCAGUUUUCAAGAGAAAAACUGUUUAAAUCUUUCACAAGAGCUGGAAACUGCACAAUGUUCUUCCAUCUCAAAAAAGAUCCCAGACUCUUCUAAAUUCACUAGGAAAGAGGAGUUCUUUAUUUUCACAGAACAGGAAAAGGAAGUAUAUCCCAGAUACCUUCUUGAUGAUGAAAUCAAUGAUGUCAAGCCCUUUCUUGGUAUAUUUGAUGACAUUUUGUAA